AUGCCGGCUCCAAGGCGGACCACUCCGGAGGCACCGGUCGGCGCGGAGACAAAGUAUCCGGGCGGGCCGGCGGCCUCGGCUGCGGGCGUUGGCGUCGACGGCGCGAGCCACGCGGCCGGCGGAGGAGGUGGUGGAGGCGGAGAUCCAGGAGGCGGUGCAGGCGCGGCUGCAGCCCUGUGCACCAUGAAGGCGCUCGAGCCGGCCACUAGCCAGGGGUCGAACCCCAUGGGCGCCUGGCCACGGGCGCAGGGAGCACCCGCGGGGGGCGCGUCCAGCGGCGCGGUGGCGGCCAGGAGCACCUCGUCCAGCGACACGGUGGCGGCCAGGAGCGCCACGUCCAGCGGCGCCGCGGCCGAAUCGACGGAUGGCUUGCAUCCGGCGAUGGAAACGGUGGUGGCCACCAACUCCAUGGCGGCGAAGGGCAAUGAGGCGGUAGCGGCGACCGUCCUCGCGGAUCAGACGGAGGAAGAAGGAGACAAGGCCUGUCAUCUCACCGGCGGCGAGUACUUCCUCUCUUCUCCUUUCUCUGUUGCCUUUCGCUCUCGCUGGCUGUUCUACGUGCUUGAUAACGUGUUUUGA